AGAAGAAGAAGAAACUGACACCAUUCUCUCUCUCUCUCCGUAUCCAAAAAAAAGGAGAAAAAAUCAAAUCAAAGACCAAGCCAGUCACCGGAAAAUGCUGACGUGUAUAGCUCGUUCAAAGCGAGCCGGCGAUGAAUCUUCAGGCCAACCCGACGAUCCGGAUUCCAAACACGCCAAAUCUCUUACAUCUCAGCUCAAAGACAUGGCACUCAAAGCUUCGGGAGCUUACCGGCAUUGCACGCCGUGUACGGCGGCGCAGGGUCAGGGACAAGGGCAAGGACCGAUCAAAAACAGCCCGGUGUCGGUAAAGUCGGAUUUCGAAUCGGAUCAACGGUUCAAAAUGCUUUACGGGAGAUCAAACAGCUCGAUAAACUUCACGGCGGCGGCGCAACAGCAACAGCAGCAGCCUAGGGUAUGGGGAAAGGAGAUGGAAGCGAGGCUAAAAGGGAUAUCGAGCGGGGAAGCGACACCAAAAUCGGCGAGCGGGAGGAACAGAGUGGAUCCGAUAGUGUUGGUGGAGGAGAAAGAGCCAAAAGAAUGGGUAGCGCAGGUAGAGCCAGGGGUUCUCAUUACCUUCCUUUCUCUUCCCGGCGGUGGUAAUGAUCUCAAACGUAUACGUUUCAGCCGAGACAUGUUCAACAAGUUACAAGCUCAGCGAUGGUGGGCAGAUAACUAUGACAAAGUAAUGGAACUUUACAAUGUUCAAAAACUAAGCCGCCAAGCUUUCCCGCUUCCCACGCCACCUAGAUCCGAAGACGAGAAUGCAAAAGUGGAGUACCAUCCAGAGGACACUCCCGCAACACCGCCUCUAAACAAAGAACGGUUGCCUCGUAACAUCCAUCGUCCAGCUGGAUUGGCGGCUUACUCAUCUUCGGAUUCACUGGACCAUAAUUCAAUGCAGAGCCAGCAGUUUUAUGACUCUGGUCUACUCAGCUCAACUCCUAAAGUUUCAAGCAUCAGUGGAGCCAAGACAGAAACUUCUUCCAUGGAUGCUUCCAUAAGAAGCAGCUCAUCGAGGGAUGCAGACCGGUCAGAGGAAAUGUCGGUAAGCAAUGCGAGUGAUGCUGACAACGAAUGGGUGGAGCAAGAUGAGCCUGGCGUUUAUAUCACCAUUAAAGUUUUACCAGGUGGGAAAAGAGAGCUUAGAAGAGUCAGAUUCAGCCGAGAGAGAUUUGGGGAGAUGCACGCGAGACUGUGGUGGGAAGAGAACAGGGCAAGGAUACACGAACAAUACUUGUGAUCGUCGUAUCUAGAUGCAUCCCAAGGGUUUUUGUGUUUUUUAUUUUGCUCCUUCUCUCUGGUAUACCGUUUUUUAUUUUAUUUUUUCCAGCUCAAGUAAAUUCUUCCACAGGUACUCUUUGUGCCUCUAUGAAAUCUCGAAUGUCAUCAAUUGUGGAAUAUGUUUAAGGAGGUUUCUUAUUUACUUCCUUCAAAAAAAUUUGCAAAAGCUUGGAAAAGAUAUAAUACUACUGGCUACUUUGCUCAA